AUACUGAACCUUGUCCAAAUAUUCUCAGUAGCCUGCACCAUCACGAUUGCAGCCCCGCAACAUACCACCAAUAUGUCCCACCCACUACCCAGACGAAUCGAUGUACACUCUCAUUUUCUUCCGCCAUUUUAUCGCACCGCACUAGCUGAGAAUGGGCACUCGAACCCCGAUGGCAUGCCCGCCAUCCCAGAAUGGUCUCUUGAGCGCCAUCUUGAGAUGAUGGCCACGGCUAACGUAUCGAGGUCCAUCCUCUCCAUAUCCUCGCCCGGGACGCACAUUGUACCUGGCAAAGAUGAUUUGGGCCGGGAUCUAACGCGUCAAUGUAACCACUACGCUGCGCAGCUUAAGAAGCAACAUCCCGACAAAUUUGGCGUAUGGGCCGCGCUACCGUUACCAGACGUCGAAGCUGCGUUGGUAGAGAUUGAAACGUGUAUCGGCGAAGGGGCAGAGGGUUUCGGGCUAAUGACCAACUACCAUGGUAAUUAUGUCGGUGGAAAAGAGUUGGAUCGCGUCUUCGACAAACUCAACCAAAUCGGCGCAACCGUUUUUAUUCACCCUACAAAACCGUGCAUAAAGCAUGGCAAUGCGACAUCGUCUGCACAAACCACUGACGCGCUGCCAUUUGACAAUCAGUACCCUGUUCCCAUAUUUGAAUUCCUCUUCGAUACGGCGCGCGCUGUCAUCAACCUCUUCAGCACAGGGACUGUGGAUCGCUGCCCGAACAUCAAGUUUGUCAUUCCGCAUUCUGGAGGUGCCUUGCCACCGCUGUUGACACGCUUCAUUCAGUUCUCCAGUGUGGUGCCUGGUGGGAGGGUUUUGAGUGCUUCAACAGUACGACGCCAACUAGAAACCCAGUUCUAUUUUGAUCUAGCUGGCUUCGCCUUUGACGGAGAAAGUGGUGGGAAUGGACAGCUGAAAGCGUUCGUCGAAGGGUUCAACAUUUCACACAACCAAUUUCUUUAUGGAAGCGACUUUCCCUUUACGCAAACUCAGUUCGUCAAGUCAUUCGCAGAUCGAAUGAAGGAUGGUCUCGAGAAUCUCUUCAGUGAAGAACAGAGGAAUGCGAUAUAUGUAGGUAACGCAGUGAAGCUACUGGGAGAAGAUAAUCAUGCAGGAAUGAGGCUUGAACGGCUCUGAGAGCCAAAGACAAUAAAUUGUUUUCGUAACGACUCUUAUAUAUACUUGUACGGGUUCAUGAUACCGUUAGGAUCAUAGAGAUCUUUGAUCUGCUUCAUCAGCUUGAUCAUGGUUUCACUCUUACUGUAGCCAAUGUACGGCUUCUUGGUAACACCCAAACCAUGUUCGGCACUAAUGCUACCGUUUCGCUUUUGUACCCACUCAUAUACAAACGGCUCAAGCGCCUUCUCCACAGUCUUGUCAAACUUUCUCACUGGGAUGUUCAGAUGCAGGUUGGCAUCGCCCAUAUGGCCGUAUCCUACAACAUCAACGACUGGGUGCGUAGGAUCACUACCGAGGAGGCCAGCCUCGGUCAACCGGUCGCGCGUCUCAUUGA